AUGAUCCUUGACACGCUUCCCCUCCUUGGGGCCUCUGCGCUGCUCCUAUUUGUCAUCCAUCACCGCUUCUUCCACCCUCUUCGCCAUGUCCCCGGUCCGUUUUAUAUCUCGGUCAGCCCGCUAUUCCUAUACGUAAUCUGCUAUCUAGGAAUCGAGGGCCAUGUUCUUCGUUUCCUUCACCGUCGCUAUCGCACCCCUGUCCUCCGGGUAGGACCGAACAGCGUCUCGAUAUCCGACAGCAGCGCCCUCCGCGACAUCUACAUCACUAACGGUGGCUUUCCCAAGGAUGCGCGCUACCAAAACUUCAACCUGGGUCCCAUCGUCUCUAUCUUCUCCGCUAUUGAUCCCGAAUAUCGUGACCAACGCGCCAAAGCUGUGGCCCCCCUCUUUGCUCCCGCCCGUGUUCGAUCCUCCUGCGCCCCUAACGAACCCAUUGGACAAUCCAUCGCCCAGUUCAUGCGAUGUCUCAGCAUAUAUCAAGUCGAAAAGAUUCCUUUCGAUCUGGUUGACCUCUGCGCCCGGCUCUCCAUCGAUGUCGUAACAGAAUAUCUCCUCGGCCAACCCUACGGGGGCUUCGCAGAAACCGCCCACCUUUCCGCACCGGAACAGCAGGGCACCAAGCUCAGCGCCAACCCCUUCAUCUUCGCCAUAGUCGGGUUCUCGCGCUUCUCCCUCCUCCCAAACUGGCUCUUCCAGCAAGUCUACCGUCUCGCAGCCCGCCUAACCUUAACUGAAGAAGCCAUCCGAUCCUUCCAUAAGUUGGACACAUUCGCUACACAAGUGAUGUCUCACGUCGAUUCCACACCUCCAACAGCAACAUACCAAUCGCGCCUGCUAUCAGCCGGGAUCUCUCCCACAGAAACAGCAGCUCAAUGUAAAGCUAUCGUCUUCGCGGGGGCAGACUCUACCGCUGUGAUGCUCACUACUAUUCUCUUCCACCUAAUUCAAAAUGAGGACGCGCGCCACACUCUUGCCGCUGAGAUCAGCGCUCAUCGCCAGAAGUCCCCGGCCUUUGACCCGGAAUCUGUUCCCUACCUUCGCGCCGUUGUGAAAGAGGGUCUGCGGUUGGGCAUGGCAAACCCUACCCGCCUCACCAGGGUUAUUCCGCCCUCAACCAAUCUGCAGGUGGGAGGAUAUACUCUGCCUCCCGGCACGGUGGUAGGAUGCGCUGCAUACACGCUGCACCACGACCCGGAGGUAUUUCCGGAGCCGUUUGAAUUUAGGCCGGAGCGGUGGUUGGAGGGCGGGAAGGAUACCGGGCUGGGGAGACCGAAUAUGGAGAGGAAUAUGAUGCCGUUUGGGGUGGGUUUGAGGGCUUGUAUUGGGAAGAAUCUUGCACUCAGGCAGCUCUAUGAGACGGUGUCCGCGGUGAUAAUCGAAUGGUUUAACGGGGAAAUUCGUGGGCAUUGCUUGGACGUUGACUGGGAAUAA